AUGACCACAAUCAAUGCCCAGGAUAGCUACCAAGGGUCCUAUCGGGCCGGGACAAUCGCCAUGACUGUCCUGGGCAUCGUGUUUGUCAUUCUACGGUUUUUGGCACGGUGGAAGAAGUCAUUAAAGCCAGGCUUGGAUGAUUAUAUGAUCAUGGCCGCUUUGAUUCCUUUCUUAACUCUCGUUGGUUUAAUGCUAGCAUUAACUAACUAUGGCAUGGGACUGCGUUCUGAGAUUUUGCCCAUGGAAAAUAUCAUGAUGAUUGCAAAGCUCCUGGUGGUGUUCGAGUGCAUUUAUGUCACAACGAUAGGAGUCACCAAAGUUUCUAUCUUGCUCAUGUACUGUCGCAUCUUCCCUACCAAAGAGAUCCGGACUGCCUCCAUGAUCCUGGGUGGGAUAUCGCUCGCGUGGGUCAUUGCUAUCAUUUUCGUGAGCAUCUUCCAAUGUACUCCGAUUGCACGAGCCUGGGACACACGAAUUCCCGGUACAUGUAUCGACCUCAAAGGCUCGUUCAUUGGAAACGCAGUACCCAACGUUGUCACCGAUAUCAUCAUUUUAUCUCUACCGGUGCGAGUGGUGUGGGGACUGCACGCAAGCCUCACGCACCGGCUUGUCAUCUUCACCAGUAUAUACCGCUUCACUACCCUAUUUGAUUUCAACCCGGCGGAUAUCGCUUGGACUCUCGGAAAGUCCUGCACCUGGUGUGUCGUUGAGUGUUCAACGGGCAUUAUCUCUGCCUGCAUGCCGACCCUGCGCCCGUUGUUCAUGAUGAUUUCCUCCAAAUUCUCCAGCCAGUCUGGUACACAAAGAACACGAACCACAGAUGUCGAGAACUCCAAAGGUUAUGAAUUGGACAAUUCCGCCCUACGACCAGCUGACGAGCCACGUAAUAAAACUAAAACACACCUGGAUGUCUCCCACGCUGAUGAUUCGUCGGGGGAUGAGGUACCUUUGAAUUCUAUUCGAGUUCAGCGAGAUAUGACAUGGCAAGAUUCGAGUGGUAAUUCAUUUCAUUUCAAAUAG